AUGAUAACUAGUGGUGGCGUGUCUUUGAAGGGAAAUACUUACUGGGUUGCUUGUGAUCAAGAGGAAGAUGACGAUAUUCAAUUCUUUCUCAGGUUUGAUUUCACAGGAGAGAGAUUUGAACGUUUUUCUCUUCAGUAUAGUGGUUACGGAACUAUGUUUCUCUCAGUGGUUAGAGAAGAUAAACUUGCUGUGUUACUUGAUAAGCCCGGUUUUGGUUCGUCAUCAAGAGAGAUGAAGAUAUGGGUGACAGACACUAAGAUCGAAGAGGCCGUCACAGAUAUCCAAUAUGUCUUAGUAGUUGAUUUCAGUAACGUUUUGAGAAGAGGUAUGACCGUGGUGAGCUUCUUGGUGGACGAGGAAAAUGAAAAAGUCGUGUGUAGUGGUAGAGACACCAAAAAUGGAAACAAGACCGUAAUUUACAUUGUUGGAGGAGACGAGAAGAAUAUACAUGUGUGUGAACAAAUUCGGGGAGAGAUUGCACAAGGACCAGCUGAUGACUGUUGGCCAUUUCUCGAGAGUUAUGUUCCAAGUUCGGUUCAAAUACAGCAAGUAAAGGCAUCAUAUGCACAAGGUGACUUAUUUUAA